AUGUCCGGAAGAGACCAUAAAGUAGACUGUUUUUCAGUUUGGCAUAUCAUUGGGUACUGUGGAAUUGAUAAUCUUUCGAUUGCCUGCAGUGGUGCUGCUAGCGCUAAUACUAGAAUUACCAUUGGGAGUAGUUUGGGACUUAAUUUAAAAGGUUCCCAAGAGACAAUCGAGGGUUUUUCCUUCUUAACAUUUAAUUGCUUUUCUUCGGGUUCGUCAUUUAUUGGCUUUGUUUCACCAUGUAAGAGAUUAACAUUUUGUGAGGCCCCAUUAUUUUUAGAGCUUCCCACCUGCAUGUUCCUUAGGGUUGAUAAUAUUUCUUUUAGCAUACCACUAUCAUUUGACAUAUUUGAUGGACCAACAUCUGGUUCCCUUCGGCUUUGACUACGUUGUGUUUGA